UCGCAGGUGACCAGAGGAGCAGGAAGUCAGUGAUCUUGGUGUCGGACAGAAUCUUUGCAGCAGCACAGUCGAGUUAUUUCAGACUCAUGUUCUAUGUGUGGACCUGAGAGACGCAGCUUAACAAGGGGGAUGGUUUUCAUGGAGGAAACAAGUGUCAGAUGAACGGAUGAGGAGAAUAAUCCUGAGCUGCAGCUCUACAAUAACUGAAGCUCAGACUCGUCUCCGGUUUAAAGUUGACUUUCACUUUGUCUGCUGAUCGUGGCGCAGCGUCUUUCCUCCAUCUAAAGGAGACACUUUGGCGCCAUCUAGUGGACUGACAGCAUAUUCAAUCUUGGAUGUGAAUGGAGCAGCAUGAAUCAGAGUGAGGACAGAGAGGAGGGAGUCCCUCCCUCUAAAACCACUCUGUGUGGGGAACAUGAGAGCCAGACCAAAGCUCAGAGCCCAGAGCAGCAGCACUCACCACACUCUGCUGGACCUGAACCUGGACCUGGACCCAGCUGUUUGUCCAUGAAGAGCAACAAGUCAAUGGAUCAUCCUGUUGAAUUCAGACAAUCUGUUGAUGGAAGUUUCAGGAUCCAGCAGCAGAGACCAGACUCUCCUGAACCCAGCUGUCUGUCUUUAAAGAGCAACGACUCAAAGGACUGGGACAUUGACUUUAAAGGGCGACGUCCAUCAGCUGAUCAGAUAGUGGACCAGGAGAGCUCAGAGGUUCCCAGUGGUCAGUCUGCCCAGCAGCAUCAAACACACCUGGACUCCAUAUUUAUGCUGCUGGAGGAGAACAUCGUCACUUUUGUGAAGAACGAGCUGAAGAAGAUGCAGAAGGUUCUGAGUCCAGAUUACCCAGAAUGCUUAGAGAGUCAGAGGGAGGAUGAGGAGGUGUUGGACGGUGAGGAUGAAGAGCAGAGGAGGAGCAGCAGAGAGGAGUUUCUGAAGAUCACACUGAACUUCCUGAGGAGAAUGAAGCAGGAGGAGCUGGCUGACUGUCUGCAGAGCAGACAUGUUGCUCCAGUUUGUCGACGUAAACUUAAAUCUAACCUGAAGAAGAAGUUCCAGUGUUUGUUUGAGGGGAUCUCUAAAGCAGGAAACCCAACCCUUCUGAAUCAGAUCUACACAGAGCUCUACAUCACAGAGGGAGGGACUGGAGAGGUCAAUGAUGAACAUGAGGUCAGACAGAUUGAAACAGCAUCCAGGAAACCAGACAGACCAGAAACAACCAUCAGACAAGAAGACCUCUUUAAAGCCUCACCUGGAAGAGAUGAACCAAUCAGAACAGUGAUGACAAAGGGAGUGGCUGGCAUUGGGAAAACAGUCUUAACACAGAAGUUCACUCUGGACUGGGCUGAAGACAAAGCCAACCAGGACAUACACUUCACAUUUCCAUUCACUUUCAGAGAGCUGAAUGUGCUGAAAGAGAAAAAGUUGAGCUUGGUGGAACUUGUUCAUCACUUCUUUACUGAAACCAAAGAAGCAGGAAUCUGCAGGUUUGAAGAGUUCCAGGUUGUGUUCAUCUUUGACGGUCUGGAUGAGUGUCGACUUCCUCUGGACUUCCACAACACUGAGAUCCUGACUGAUGUUACAGAGUCCACCUCAGUGGACGUGCUGCUGACAAACCUCAUCAGGGGGAAACUGCUUCCCUCUGCUCGCCUCUGGAUAACCACACGACCUGCAGCAGCCAAUCAGAUCCCUCCUGAGUGUGUUGACAUGGUGACAGAGGUCAGAGGGUUCACUGACCCUCAGAAGGAGGAGUACUUCAGGAAGAGGUUCAGAGAUGAGGAUCAGGCCAGCAGGAUCAUCUCCCACAUCAAGACCUCACGAAGCCUCCACAUCAUGUGCCACAUCCCAGUCUUCUGCUGGAUCACUGCUACAGUUCUGGAGGAUGUGUUGAAAACCAGAGAGGGAGGAGAGCUGCCCAAGACCCUGACUGAGAUGUACAUCCACUUCCUGGUGGUUCAGUCAAAACUGAAGAACAUCAAGUAUGAUGGAGGAUCUGGGACAGAUCCACACUGGAGUCCAAAGAGCAGGAAGAUGAUUAAGUCUCUGGGAAAACUGGCUUUUGAUCAGCUGCAGAAAGGAAACCUGAUCUUCUAUGAAUCAGACCUGACAGAGUGUGGCAUCGAUAUCAGAGCAGCCUCAGUGUACUCAGGAGUGUUCACACAGAUCUUUAAAGAGGAGAGAGGACUGUACCAGGACAAGGUGUUCUGCUUCGUCCAUCUGAGUGUUCAGGAGUUUCUGGCUGCUCUUCAUGUCCAUCUGACCUUCAUCAAGUCUGGAGUCAAUCUGCUGUCAGAAGAACAAACAACCUCCCUGUGGUCUAAACUGUUUAAAGAUAAACCUGAACCAACACAGUUCCACCAGAGUGCUGUGGACAAGGCCUUAAAGAGUCCAAAUGGACACCUGGACUUGUUCCUCCGCUUCCUCCUGGGUCUUUCACUGCAGACCAAUCAGACUCUCCUACGAGGUCUGCUGACACUGACAGGAAGUGGCUCAGGGACCAAUCAGGAAACAGUCCAGUACAUCAAGAAGAAGAUUGAAGAGACUCCCUCUGCAGAGAAAAGCAUCAACCUGUUCCACUGUCUGAAUGAACUGAAUGAUCGUUCUCUAGUGGAGGAGAUCCAACAGUCCCUGAGUUCAGGACGUCUCUCCACAGAUAAACUGUCUCCUGCUCAAUGGUCAGCUCUGGUCUUCAUCUUACUGUCAUCAGAAAAAGAUCUGGACGUGUUUGACCUGAAGAAAUACUCUGCUUCAGAGGAGGCUCUUCUGAGGCUGCUGCCAGUGGUCAAAGCCUCUAACAAAGCUCUACUGAGUGACUGUAACCUCUCAGAGAGAAGCUGUGAAGCUCUGUCCUCAGUUCUCAGCUCCCAGUCCUCUAGUCUGAGAGAUCUGGACCUGAGUAACAACAACCUGCAGGAUUCAGGAGUGAAGAUGUUGUCUGUUGGACUGAAGAGUCCACACUGUUCACUGGAGACUCUCAGCCUGUCAGGCUGUCUGAUCUCAGAGGAAGGCUGUUCUUCUCUGGCCUCAGCACUGAACUCCAACCCCUCCCAUCUGAGAGAGCUGGACCUGAGCUACAAUCAUCCAGGAGACUCAGGAGUGAAGCUGCUGUCUGCUGGACUGGAGGAUCCAGACUGGAGACUGGACACUCUCAGGGUGGAGCCUGGUGGAGUCCGAUGGUUGACACCAGGUCCAUGGAGGUAUUCCUGUCAACUCACAAUCGACACAAACACAGUGAACAGAUUCCUCAAACUGUCUGACAACAACAGGAAGGUGACACAUGUGAAGGAGGAUCAGUCAUAUCCUGAUCAUCCAGACAGAUUUGAUCAGUGUCCUCAGCUGCUCUGUAGAACUGGUCUGACUGGUCGCUGUUACUGGGAGGUCGAGUGGAGAGGAAGAGUUUUUAUAUCAGUGAGUUACAGAGGAAUCAGAAGGAAAGGAGACAGUGAAGACUGUGUGUUUGGAUGGAACGAUCAGUCCUGGACUCUGUACUGUUCUGAUGAUGGUUUCUCUGUCUGGCACAAUAAGAGAGGAACAUCUAUCUCCUCCUCCUCCUCCUCCUCCUCCUCCUCCUUCUCCUCCUCCUCUGUCUCUAACAGAGUAGCAGUGUAUGUGGACUGUCCUGCUGGCUCUCUGUCCUUCUACAGAGUCUCCUCUGACUCUCUGAUCCACCUCCACACCUUCAACACCACAUUCACUCAACCUCUGUAUCCUGGGUUUUGGUUCUGGUCCUGUGGUUCCUCAGUGUCUCUGUGUUGAGUGUAGCAGAGAGAGUCUCCUCCUGUUAGAGAUCAGUCCAGUCCAGGAUCACAGCAGCUGAUGUUAUUUAGUACCAACCUGAUCUCUGGCUGGUUUUAACUGCAGAGUGUAAACCCAACAUGUUUUCCACAUGAUUGACAGUUUGACUGUAAAAUGAAUCAAAUGAACAGAGUCCAGUUGUUGUUGUUCUCUGACAGUAAAUGACUGGGAGGUUGAAAUCUCUUUUACUUGACGUCCAUCUUGUUUUUCAUCUUUAAAUGAUAGUGUGACGUCCUUAUGUGCUCCAUAUCUGGACUCUACUGUAAAUACAAAGAUACACACUGGUUUGUUUGAGGUGUAGUUACUGACACUGACCACCAGAUGGCAGCAAUCAUUUCUCUGUUAGACCUCCUCUGUAACAUAGAGCCACUCAUUCAUUCAUUCAUUCAUUCAUUAGUAGAAACACAGAGAAACAAAGCCAAACCUGUGUGUUUCCAUGACGAUCGUCCUGCAGGAGCUUUCUCAUUGGUCCACUUCAUCUGAUGGAUUCAGCACCUGAACACAACACAGAUCAACACAGUGCAUUAUGGGAUACUGACGACCCAAAGAUGUGUUGUUACUGUACAGACAGUGAUUGAUUAUAUCAAUAAUAUUGAUUCUGUUGCUGAUGUUAAUUAAUAAACACUGAGAUCUGA